CUGAGGAGCACUUCAGUGUCAUUGUCAGUAAAUAAUAAUAUUACUGAUUUGUAAAUAAUUGUUUAUUAAUUUGAAGUGGUAAUAUUAGUGUGGUUUGAAUCUAAAAGGUCUAUUCAAAAUGUUACUUUCAUAGUAUAUAAUGUUUAGCUCUCUUCAGAAUACUUCCAUUUUGUUGUGCUUCCAGAAUUUUAGUUUGCUCAUGUAAAUUUAUAUUCAAAAUGGGUUUGUGUGUAAAUAAGCAGGCUAGUGCAUACGGCUACAUAAACUUCAUGAUAUUUUGCUACAUAUCCAGCUAUGUAUUGAGGUAACACUUGAAAAUUAGUAGAAUAGCUUGCUGUAGAAAACUACGCUGCUGCCUCAACAUAUUGCAUACAGAAAACAUAACCUUUCUGUACAAAAAUGAACCAGGUACUAGUUUGGAAAGAUAUUGAUAAACUCGAGUUGAGAUACGCACCUGACAUCACUCCUCCUGACGAUUUUAUCAAGUUGAGCUGUACUAAUAACUAUGUGUUUUUACUAGAUAAGAGUGGAACCAUUUGGUAUGGGGAGGUUAGUAAUGGAAUGUUUUUGACUCUGAAUCGAUCAGAUAUCAAAGCUGAGGAUAUUGCUUGCACUUCAACACACCUGUUUUUUAUCACAGAGAAUGGGAGAGUGUUCAGAGCUGAUGUUAACAAUUUAAAUACUUAUGAAGAAGUGAUUUUACAUGAGGAUGCAAACACCUGUUGUCACGGUUAUGUCACUACUAGUCAGCGGAUAGCGGUGAAACACAUUGAAGCGGGAGGCAUGGGUGUUCUAUUCCUCUCAGACAGCGGCCAGUUAUGGGCAAUGGGAGACUAUCCACAGUUAGAUAUAUCUUCAGUAGAUGGCCCCAAGAAGGUGGCGUUUUUCGAAGGCAGACAUGUAAUAUCUAUGGCGUGCGGCAGGGAUUUCAAUGUGGUUGUAGUUCACAAACGCGACGACCACUGUCCGAUCGGUAAUAUGGAUGCGGACGAAGCGGAAGUGUUUAUCUCAACUUGUCCACAGUGUGUGAACGAGAAUAUAAUGUCUCCCUUGUCUCCACAAUCGUUGACCGAUUUGGAAAUUAAACGGAAACACUCGAACGAUUCCGUGAGUGUGUCGACAUCGACUAGUAGAAAUAUCGAUAGCGAGGAUAAGAGGAGUGACAACGAGAACACAUCGUCCUCGACCGAAGGAGAUUCCGUUCACAGAGUGAAGACAAAAGUAGGUAGCGGAGAUUUGGACUCGGAUAACUCGGACAGCGCUGAAGAAGAGAAGAACGAUCGUAUGAGCAGGUUACUGAUGAAUACUGAGGCGGCAAGACAAUUUUUCACCCGUCAGCUGUCGUGGAUGUCGUCAGGUGGCGAGGAAUUGUUGGCAGAGGUGUCGGGACCAACGAAAAUCAUUAAGAAAAACGUGACAACGAUGGCCAGCUAUGUUUAUGAAGGCGUGAAAACAGUCGGAGAUAAGGUGGCCACACUGUCGAGACACGUCAGUGGCGGUUCGGAUAAUAAUAGCGAGUCGUUUGAAGAGUUCCUCACCGAUGAUCUUAACCCGUCGUCUACGUCUAGUUUGAGGUGUGAAUGGUCGUGUAGCGGAGGCUGCAGUGACGUGUCGGGGGCCGACCGGGUGGGGGCAGGGGGCGAAAAACUGGCCCUCUACCUGAGCCGAGGGGCGCGCCUCAUCAAGACCGAGGUGUGGGCCUGGGGCGGGGCGCAGCAUGGACAACUUGGGUCGGGCGAUAUUGUGCCCAGGAAUAAACCGGUGAUUGUGUCUUCGCUGAUGCACGUGGGCGCAAUGCGCGUGGAGUGCGGCUGGUCGCACUGCGCAUGCGUGACGCUGACAGGCCGCUGUGCACUGUGGGGUCGUAACGACCUGGGGCAGAUCUGUGACCUGACCAAGGGCAGCGACCAGUCCUCGCCCCAUGUGUGGGGCCACACCUCGCAGGCGGUCACUGGGGCAAGGCACACCCUGCUGCUGGCCCCUGAUAGCACCCUGCACUGGCUUGGCAAGCACAGGCCCGAAACACUGAACAGCAACAACACAGAACUUGACAUAUCAGAGUACAUCUCAGAUGGCAAGUACACCAAUGACUCCUCCUCUAUGACAACAGAUGGCGAAAGCGAAACACCUGUGAACCAUAACAAAGAAAACAACACCACUGUGAGCUCUAUAACGUCAACAAAAGGAGAAAACAACAUACAUGUCACAUCAAUAGUCGAAAACAACACGUCUGUAAACUCUUUGUCAGAAAACAACGUAACUGUGACGUCAAAAAAUGGAGAAAACAGCACAACUGUGAACUGUUCGUACUCAAGAGAAGAAAACAACAUAGCUGUGAACUGUGUGGGAGAAAAUAACACAUCUGUGGCUUCAUCUGGAAUGGGAAACAAGGUUCCAGAGGCAAAAGAAAGCAGAGCAUUUGGUGUGAUGUCAUCUAGGGGAGAAAGCAACAUAUGUGUGAACGGUGCUUCAUCGAGGGGAGAAAGCAACACAACUGUGAACUGUGUGACGUCAUCAAUGGGAGAAAGCGACAUCGUUGUGAAUUCAAGAGGAGUAAGUAACAAUUGUGUGACGUCAUCUAGUAAGGCAACUGUUAACUGUGUGACGUCAUCAAGGGGAGAAAGCAACAUCGCUGUGAAUUCAAGAGGAGAAAAUAACAAAACUGUGAACUCGAGAGGAGAAAACAACACAACUGUGAACUGUGUGACGUCAGCAAGGGUGCCAAUCCGAGUGCUGAGCUCUGGUGACGUGAGCAUGUGCAUUGUGGGUCGUCCGCCGAUGACGUCAGACCUCAAACUGAAUUCGGACCUGGCGAACGAGCAGUGCUUCCUCGAGGAGAUGGUCAGCUUCCACUCGACCAUUGUGCGGCCACUCUCACGGCGGUCGUGUAUCGAUGACAUUGUUGCCAACCUCUGUUCCAGAUACGCAGACCUAGUGCACUUGACAGCUUUAAACGUGGCCACCCUCUACCAAGGUGUGCCAAGCAACAUCCUCCUUCACUCUCACACCGACGAGCACCUCCUUGUCUACGAGCGAUACUCCCUGGCCGUCUGCAAUGUGAUCGCCAUGAGCGCAUUCCACGCAGAUUGCGCGACUAGUCGAGAUACCGCAGCGACUGAUCACCUGUUUCUCGGACAGAUGAUGUUGAGUCGUGGUUCGUCGGAGGCGUCUGGGGAGGUGCAGCGCUCUGGAGGUGUUCGCGAGGCCCAGGAUGCGGCCAGGAAGCUGGCUGAGGCACGAGAGGUGUUCUGGGAGAGUUCGGGACGUCUAGUCGAUACUUUGGGUCAGGCCAACUACAUAACAUCACUCAGAUAA